AUGGCAUCCCCGGGGAUCAACGCCAGAGUGAGAGACUUGGAAACGGAUAGAGAAUGGCGCAUCAGCGUGGCAGUCUUCCGAUACCAACAGAACGGCCACUACGCCGUCCUACUUCUGAAACGAGCCACCGGCACCGCCACAUUGGGAUGGUGGAAUCUUCCAACGGGCCCAGUUCUACACACCGAUGCUACCAUUCGCGACGCCGUGAAACGCAUAGUCCUCGACAAAACCGGUCUUGGACUCCAGGGCUACCACAUCAUCCAGGAGGUAGACACCUUGACGUGGGGUUCUGAAGAGAAGGUCGUCGUGAAACUCAACUUUGUCAUUCAUGAUACAUCUGCCGACAUAGUCGCCAUCCACCGCAACGAGUUCUUCGAGUAUGAAUGGGUGGAAGAGGAACAGAUUGACUCUCUCACCAUCCCUGUCUCGAUGCAGGAGGUCAUCCGCGAUGGCCAGCCCGUAACUACAGCGCGCAUCAUCCCCGCACGGAGGUGGAGUAGCUCCAUCUCGCAGCCGCCGGGUGCAGACAGCGUUCGAUUCCCAGGGGCUGUGAACAGCAAGUUCACCUCGGAGAUGGCCUUCCUCAAAGCCUCAGAUCUGCCCGCUAUCCCUACCUACCGAGUGAUGGACUCGGACGGUUAUCAGGUUGAUAAGACGAGACCAGCGCCCGAUGUCACAAAUGAAGAGGUCUUGUCGUGGUAUAAGAAUAUGCUGUCCGUAAGCGUUAUGGAUGUGGUUAUGUUCGAGGCACAACGGCAGGGUCGCCUAAGUUUCUAUAUGGUUUCCGCCGGCGAAGAAGGCAUCACAGUUGGAUCCGCCGCAGCAUUGACACCAGACGAUGUGGUCUUUGCACAAUACCGCGAAGCCGGUGUAUUCCAACAACGUGGAUUUACACUGAAGAACUUUAUGAGCCAGCUCUUUGCCAAUUGCAAUGAUACAGGCCGUGGUCGAAAUAUGCCAGUCCACUACGGACAAAACUAUCCUCGCAUGCACACAAUCUCAUCCCCAUUAGCCACACAAAUUCCCCAAGCCGCCGGCGCAGCCUACGCCCUCAAACUCCAAGACCUCCAAAACCCAAACCGGGACCCACGCAUUGUGGCCUGCUACUUCGGCGAAGGAGCCGCCAGCGAAGGCGACUUCCACGCCGCACUGAACAUCGCCGCAACACGAUCCUGCCCGGUCGUCUUUAUAUGCCGAAAUAACGGCUACGCAAUCUCCACACCAACGCUAGAACAGUACCGAGGCGAUGGAAUCGCCAGCCGCGGCGUGGGAUACGGUAUCGACACGAUCCGCGUCGACGGCAAUGACAUCUUCGCCGUAAACGAAGCAAUGAAAGAAGCACGUCGACUCGCCCUAAGCGAGGGCGGACGGCCAGUUCUAAUCGAGGCCAUGAGCUACCGUGUCUCGCAUCACAGUACCAGCGACGACAGCUUUGCGUACCGUGCCCGCGUCGAAGUUGAGGAUUGGAAACGCCGUGACAAUCCCAUUAUUCGGCUGCGUAAGUGGUUGGAGAACCAGGGGAUUUGGAGUGAGGAACAGGAGAAGCAGACGCGGGAUGAGAUGCGCAAGGCCGUGUUGAAGGAGUUUGGGGAGGCGGAGCAGGAGAAGAAGCCUUCACUUCGCGAGGCUUUUGCUGAUGUUUAUGAGGAGAUUACUGAGGAGCAGAGGGAGCAGAUGGCAGAACUUAAGCGCAUCUUGGAAACUUAUCCUGAUGAGUAUGAUCUGCGGCCGUAUAAGGAUGGGAUUAAUGGUUUGGAUUGA